UCACUGCACUCGAAUACCCCAUCCGUCGCCUUGUCCACCUCUCCGUCUUCCUUCGCUAUGCGCGGCACCACAUAGAGCCUGCCGACGAGCCACCCGCCAAUUGAACCCCGCACAGGUUGCCCCUAAACGGCAGGGAGGGGCGCUAACAAGUUGGGAGGGGACGUUAUCUUGGUGGUGCUACGCAGGCACAUGCAUCGAGCCACAGCUCAGCUGCCACACGAGACAGCUUGCCCAGCAUGAGCCAGGGCGGCCAGGAUGCGAAGCUCUUUGCGAGGGGCAAAGUCGCUGAGCUUCGCCUAGAACUCAACAGCGGCGGCAAGAAGGACAAGAACUUCUCUGCAAAGAAGACGGCGCUCAAGAAGAUCGUCGCAAACAUGACCAUGAGCAACAACGACAUGGUCGCCCUCUUCCCGGACAUCGUGGGCUGCAUGCACAUACCGAGUCUGGAAAUUAAGAAGAUGUGCUUCCUAUAUCUGGUCAACUAUGCCAGGAUAAAGCCCGACGUCGCACUCAAAGCGCUACCGAUCAUCCAGGAAGACAUGCACGACAACAGCCCCCUAGUACGAGCGCUCGCAUUACGGACCAUGUCGUACGUUCACGUUCGAGAAUUCGUCGAGGCCACCGUGCCUCAUCUGAAAAAUCUACUCAAAGACUCGGAUCCAUACGUUCGCAAAACCGCUGCCUUCUGCGUCGCGAAGCUCUACGACCAUGAUCGAAAUUUAGUCGAAGGAUCCGACCUCAUUGAUAGACUCAAUGGCAUGCUGAGGGAUGAGAACCCAACAGUAGUCUCAAGCGCAUUAGCGGGCUUGAUGGACAUCUGGGAACGAAGUGAGAAUAUCAAACUCACCAUUGACUACGCGAGCGCUUCCAAAAUCGUUUCAAUCUUACCGGACUGCUCAGAAUGGGGGCAGACAUACAUUCUCGAGGCCAUGAUGAACUAUGUCCCACAAGACACGGCCGAAGCUGCACUACUUGCUGAGCGAAUAUCACCUCGUCUUUCGCACUCGAACUCCGCCGUCGUCCUCACCUGCAUUCGCGUUAUACUCUACCUAAUGAACUACAUCUCCGAUCAAAAGGUAGUUACUUCUUUGUGUAAUAAACUCUCGCCACCCCUCGUCACCCUACUCUCCAAAGGCCCGGAGAUUCAAUAUCUGGCCCUACGCAACGCUCUUUUGAUCCUCCAACGGCGGCCCGAGGUCCUACGAAACGAUAUCCGCGUUUUCUUCUGCAAAUACAACGAUCCCAUAUAUGUGAAGGUCACGAAGCUUGAGCUCAUCUUCAUGCUGGCGACGGAGAGGAACAUCAAGGAGGUGCUAACGGAGCUAGCUGAGUAUGCCACCGAGAUUGACGUCGACUUUGUACGCAAAUCCGUACGUGCGAUCGGCAAGCUGGCCAUCAAAAUUGCUCCAGCAGCGCAACUAUGUAUCAGCACUCUUCUCUCCCUCGUCAGUACCAAAGUAUCGUACAUCGUUCAGGAAGCCACCGUCGUCAUCCGCAACAUCUUUCGCAAAUACCCCAAUCAGUACGAAUCUAUCAUCUCAACAUUAUGCGAGAACCUCGAUUCGCUCGACGAGCCAGAAGCGAAGGCGGCCAUGAUCUGGGUUAUUGGACAGUAUGCCGAUCGCAUAGAAGACUCCGACGUACUUCUCGAAGACUUCCUGGAUACCUUCCAAGACGAAACGCACGAAGUGCAACUAGCCCUCCUUACAGCAACGGUGAAGCUAUUCAUUCAACGGCCAACGCGAGGCUCAGCAUUAGUCCCUAAAGUCCUAAAAUGGGCCACAGAGGAAACCGACAACCCCGAUCUACGCGAUCGAGGCUACAUGUACUGGCGUCUCCUCUCCUCGGCACCUGAAGAAGCAAAGAAGGUAGUCAUGGGUGAGAAACCCGCCAUCACCGCCGAGGAAUCAGAGAAACUCGAUCCCGGUACACUAGAGGAAAUGUGUCUCAACGUAGGCACCCUAGCGACCGUGUACCUCAAGCCCGUCAACCAAGUUUUCCGCUCUGCACGGCCCCGCAAACUACAAGAUUCCCCCGCCCUGCAACGCAAAGAACUUCCUACUGUAAAAGCAGCACAGCAAGCGCGUGACCGCACUGCAGCGGACCGCUCACGACUCGACACCACAGCCACGAAUGGAAACGGCUCGCUAUCGCCCCCGAAUGGAAACGGCAUGGCAGCCGCUGUUAGCGAUGCAGACAUGUACUUUGCCAGCGUGGGCCGCCAGAGUACGUUUGGCGGAUCGCCUAUUUCUGCGGACCAAGUGGGUGUUGGAGGCGGAUGGGUCGUUAAUCAGAAUGAGCCACAGCACAUGGUUAUGAGUCCUGGUGGAAAUGAUGGGAAUCAGGAUUUGUUGCUGUAGAAGCUCAGUUUGUGUGAUUUGUGUGAAGGGAUGAGGCUCAAGGGGUGGGUGAGGUGAGAUGUAUGGCGGAUGUAAUGAUAUAGCUGUGAGUGAGGCCAAUGAUACAUCGAUAUGUUUCAAUUUGGUGUGUUGUAUUAAUGUUACUGGUGACCCUGGUUCAUUACGACGGACUAAUUUAAGACUAUGGUGCGUGCAAAGAGCUUUAAGGAAGAUAGUGGACUUCCAGAUGGGUAGUGCGUCAAGUUUAUAUUAUCGUAACUUGAAUUCUUCGAGUCGAUCUUGAUGA